AAAAAAAAAAAAUUAAAAUUUGUAUGUAAAUAUUUUAAUUACAUUUUGCAAGAGACAUAUGUUAAAAUUUAUAUUUGGUAUUAACAACAGAUAACAAAACUUAAAUUGUCAAACUAGCAUUGUUUGAGUGAUUUUCUUUUAUCUUAAGAAUUUGAGAGCUUGAUGUAUAAAUAUAGACGUGAAGUAGAUUAAUUUGACGUUUGGUCUGCGUUUACGGCGAUGCGCGCGAGAUACGACUCUCUGUGCUGAUCAGCGCGAUGUAGAUUUUUCUAUUAGUAAGUUCGUGUCGCGGAGUUUGUUUCAUUGACUCGAUACGGCAUACGAUUCCUUCCUGAAAGAAAGGCACCCGUGAUAAUUAUUUGUCGAGGCGAAACGCGAUUGCCGUGCAAAAAUGGCAGAGGAACUCUCCGGUAUCACCAUAGUGAUAUUCAUAGCAGCAGGCGUUUUGACGAUAAUGCUGCUGUUUAUCUUCGCGAAACGGCAAAUUAUGAGGUUCACCCUGAGAUCUCGCCGAGGUCCGCAUAUUCCUAUAGGACACGAUGCGAAAAAGUCCUUCAAGAAGGAAAUAGAAAGGAGGAUAGAGGUGAUACCCAGAAUUCAAUAUGAACCGCAACUCAUCAGUGAUUCUAGAUAUAUCCUGACUCCAGGUGGCCAAGCUCCGCCACAUUAUUACAGGCUGAAGACAGUUGAUGAUGUAAAAAGCUUAGAGUCAGAGAUUACGAAGUAUGACAGUUGUCUGAAAAGACAUCCUUCGGAAAAUCUGAGAGCUUACUUGCUCACCACACUUGCCACUCCGUUGAAUGGAAGCGGCCAGCGCUUAAUUCACCAGUUCUGUGAUCUCUACGAGCACGCGAGACACGACCCUACCGAGUUCGGCGACGAGGAGUACCAAGUGUACACUCGUUUGUAUCUGAAGUUAAUGGAUGCGGCACGCUUGUUGAAGUCGUAUCCGAGCAGCAGGAAGUCCAGUCCUAGUCGCACGCCGAUCAAGAAGAGCGUCGAAACGAAGAGGAAUAUCCUGGAGCCCAGGAUGCGUCCACCCGAGGAACAGAUCCUAACCGGCUCGAGACCCAACACUCUGACAGUGAUGGCGUUAGACAACAGCGAGACGUCCGUGUAGCAUUAUGAGUGUCGUCACAUGUAACAUAUGUGACGAGGAAAUUUGUAGAUAGGUAUGACACUGAAAUAAUAGGUGUAUGGGAGCUACGUGCGAAGGAAGAUGAAAGAUGAUCUAGUUUUAGUUAGGGAUCCUUAUGCAAUAUGCAUUUUCACUUUUACAACAAGUGCACCUGUGGCCGCUGCUUCAUUCGAGUUGAGUAUCAGUAUUAUCAUGAGUAACUUAUAUUUUAUAGAGACAGCGCGCGCGCACGCGAAUACGCGUUUCUCCUUCCGAUUUCUUUUGAUAUUUACAUUCGUAUUUACAUUUGUAUGAUUUUAUAUUUACACAAGGUCGAGGAGCCUUAUGAAAUAGCGUUUCUUCACAUUCUUCGUAUCGAUAUUGCGAAAUAUUUCAACAGGUACUGAUGUAUAUAAGAGAAAAAGGAACAAGUGUAAGGAACAAGUAGUAAUUAUCGAAAUAGGAGGUUACUAGUAGGAUUUUUUAAAACGUCUACUUCAUCAUAUGUGAUUCUCUAGGUGGCGAUAGCACUAAGCCGAUAACUGCUAAUUGCGAUUAACCGAGGUUUUCUUCUUCUCUUCCAUGUGAUUGACUCUUCAGAUAGUUCAAUGUAGAAUACACAUACGCUCGGCUACAUAUAUAUAAAUCUACAUAUCCUUGAUGAAAUUCGGAAAGAAACGUUCGUAUUAACAGGAAGAUAGAAAAUUUUCACGUUUUUAAAAUGUUUAUCUCUUUUGACAAUGACGGAUCAGCUUAUCUUUUUCUACACGUUAUUGUUGAAAAGUAUAUAAUACGCACGAUAUACUGUAUCGAACAUAGAGAAGUUUCUAACAAUUAAACGAAUUGAGCAUUAAUCGUGCGAUAAGGAUAUACGGACCUAAAUGUAUAUACAUGCCUGUCAAGGCUUGAUAUAAAUUAUUAUUUCGUUAGUGACUAAUAGAAAAGCGUAGACGUUUGAUCAGGUUGGUGUCGGGUGUGUCCAUAAUUUUCCAUUGCAGUCGUAGGAUUUAAUAAUCGUCAACCGAGUACACAAGGCUGAGUAAUGCGAAGAAAAAAAAGUAAAUCUACCGUGAACGUAUAUAAUCUUCCCUUUUUUUAUACAAAAAUAUCUCGUGUAAAUACAUUUAGUUGUACACGC